UUCCUUCCCUUCCUCCUUCCGUGUCGCUCUGAAGGAGAGAGCAGACGCCAAGGAGAGAAAGAGAGAUGCGAGCAAGGGACGACGCGCCAAUGGAGAGUAGGAUGAUCGCUGCCGCCCGUCGCUUCUUCUUCUUCGACUCGUCUUCUUCCUCGCUUCUGCUCUGCCUCCUGCUCUCGCUCCUCUCAGCCAACAAUGGCAUUGUAUCGGCGGCGACGGCGCCACUCAAGUUCGGCAUCAACUACGGCCAGAUAGCGAACAACCUCCCGCACCCGGCGCAGGUGUCCGGCCUCCUCCGGUCGCUUAACGUCAACAGGGUCAAACUCUACGACGCCGACCCGGCCGUCCUCACGGCCUUCGCCGGCACAGGCGUCGAGUUCACCAUCAGUAAUGGGGAUCUCCUCAACAUGUCCGACGCCCGCAACGCGCGCGCCUGGGUGGCGCAGAACGUCCAGCCCUUCCUCCCGGACACCCGCAUCACCUGCGUCAUCCUCGGCAACGAGGUGCUCUCCGGCACCGACGCGGCCGCCAUGCAGAGCCUCCUCCCCGCCAUGCAGGCCGUGCACCAGGCGCUGGUGGACCUGGGCCUCGACGGCCAGGUGAACGUGUCGACGUCCCAGUCCGUCAACGUGCUCGCCAACAGCUACCCGCCGUCGGCUGGCGUGUUCCGGGAGGACCUCGCGCAGUACAUGCGGCCGCUGCUGGACUUCCUCGCCGAGGUCGGCUCGCCGUUCCUGAUCAACGCGUACCCGUUCUUCGCCUACAAGGCCAGCCCCGGGAGCGUGUCGCUGCCGUACGUGCUGUUCGAGCCCAACCCCGGCGCGCAUGACCCCGGUACCAACCUCACCUACGACAACAUGCUCUACGCCCAGAUCGACGCCGUGUACGCGGCCAUGGAGGCCAUGGGGCACAAGGACAUCGCCGUGCGGAUCUCCGAGACCGGGUGGCCGUCCGCGGGGGACGCCGACGAGGUGGGCGCCACUAUACAGAAUGCCGCCACCUACAAUGGGAACCUGAUGAAGAGGGUCGCGGCGGGCCAGGGGACGCCGCUCAGGCCGGAUGUGCCCGUGGACGUGCUCGUCUUCGCCCUCUUCAACGAGAACAUGAAGACCGGGCAGGCAUCCGAGAGGAACUACGGGCUGUUCUACCCCAACGGCACGUCGGUGUACGACCUCGGGUUCGGCGGGGCGUCGUUCGGCCCGUCGUCGCCGACGGCGUCGGGGUUCUCCGCUUCUUCCAAGCCGACGUUGCAGAUGCCUUUUCCGGUCGGGGUGGUUGUCCUGCUUGCAGCAUUUCUCUUGUAAUCACCAUCCACAAGUAUAUUUAGGCAUUUAGCUAUUGUGAUUGGUCACUAACCGAUAGUUCAGUUUGUGCCAACAUGCAUGGCACAUGAGAUCCGCUGACCGUACAUUGUUGUCGCACUAGGUAAUUUUAUCUUGAUUCUUGGCCAUAUCACUGUUUGUAAUUCAGCCGAUAAUGUUGCCUCUACGUAAGCCUACGUAAAACAUCUACGUAAACUUCCUAACUAACUCUUCUCUCCCCCUGAUUUUCAAAAAGGUAGGCCCCUUCCUUCCCAAUCCUCCAAUUCUAAUCCACCAGCUGGCUGAUUACGUUAAACACGUAACACAAAUUUCGUAGGUGUAGCAUUUCCGGUAAUUCAGCUGUUCUAGUUCUUUUUUCAAGGGGGAAACCAGUUUUCUUUGUGGAUAAAAAACACGUUUUUUUAGAUCACCGUACAAACGCAUGCACUCACAAGUCACAACAUGCAACACACUCAUACGCUAUGAAAGCACACAUGAAUACACUACCCCUAUGAGCACCUUCAAGAAAUUGAGCCGACAAGAUCUUGUUAUUGACGAAAUCGACACAGACAUCUCAAAGUCGACGAACAUGUCAUACAAGUGAAUGAUUUGUGCCAAAAACCUUGAAAAUAUGCGACCACAUGUGCCAAUCAUAGACUUGAAUCCUGGUGUGCUGAUAUCACCACAAGAAAUCAAACCAUGUACAUAAAGGAUUUUCAUUCAAUCGUCAUAUCAAAGUGAUACAACCGCACUGAGUGUAAAACCGUCGUCAGCAUAACUAGAUGUGCACAAACAUACUUACACGGACAAAAAAUAUAUACUGGGCAUUGUUCCAUAAUUGAAUCCCAUUGUUAAUACUACGUA